AUGGGUAAUUCCGACGACUGUGAUCGUCUUCCUGCUCCAUCUUCUUCAGACGAACUCUCGAGCAUUCUCCGGCAGGUACUGUCCCGUGCUCCAACAGCUCAGUCUUCUUCCUCACCGGAGAAAAUCGUUUCCUCCGCUGAGAUGUUCAACCGAACCUUCCCCAUCGUACCCGGCGGAGCGGUUUCUUACGCCGCUUGUGCGGGCGCUGAAACUGGGGAAGGCAGAUGUGUUUUCGAAAACAAGAGAAAUGGAGAUAGACAGCGAAAUUCGUUGAAGAGAAACAUUGAUGCACAGUUCCACAACUUGUCUGAAAAGAGGAGGAGGAGCAAGAUCAACGAGAAAAUGAAAGCUUUGCAGAAACUGAUUCCCAAUUCCAACAAGACAGAUAAGGCAUCAAUGCUUGAUGAAGCUAUUGAAUAUCUGAAACAGCUUCAACUUCAGUUUCAGACUUUAGCCGCUAUGAAUGGUUUAGCCCCAAAUCAUCUGCGAUUACCACCAGUUCUACCACCUACGCAGACAAGGAUCAAUGGAAACUUAGAACAAGAACUAAACCUUGAGACUCUGCUUGGUGGCUCUCACUCGGGAAAUGUGCUUUCCCACAACUACUCUGCUUUGAAGACAACGUUCAGACAGUGA